GUAAAGAAAAACUUGCCUUAAACUAAUGAGUAAGGAAAACAAAGUGGCCGGGGGGAUCCGGCCGCAGCGCUUCUAGUUGCAGUGCGCAAGAAUUUGUGGAGGGGUUAUAGGCUGGCCGAUCGUUGACGCUGCUUACUUCGCAGAACUCUUUCGUGCUGGCCUCCCAGUUACCCACCCCCCAAUUCCAAGUCCAAUAAUUUCUACGUUCUUCAAUCGUCACGCACAAUUAAUUCGAUAACCCUAAUUUUUGAAAUUUGAUUGAAGAACUUGCCUGAUGAAUUUGUAUAUAUGAUCUUUCCAAUUUAUGCUAAUUUUGCACUGUUGAUUACUGUUUUUAACCCUAACUAUCGCUAUUUUGUAUUUUGGCGGCAUUUACCCUAGAUUAGGACGUGGAACUCGCGAUGGGACCAGAUCGUAAAAUCCGUAUGAUUUUCGAUUUCAAAGACGACUGGAUUUGGAAGACAAAACGGCACCAUAGGCGGAAGAUGGGAGAGGGAAAACCCUAAUUUGCUGAAAUUGGAUCCCUGGUCGACAACAGAGAUGAAACGUCACUGAUUUAUUUGUCGAUUUCGAUUGUAAGGUAUUUGUAACGUGCUUGGCCGAGAAGCGAUAUCAUCAUUGAUACGUUCCUUCACGGCAAGGAAUUGAAUCCGGAGAAAUGCUCGGUGCGGCUCGUUCUUCUCCAGAUUCGGCCUGCAACAUUUUGACCAAUUUUGCCGCGGCCGGUCCGGUGUUCAACUCCGAGGCCGGUUCGGUCUAUCACGAUUUCGUCUAUGUGCGACGAACCUGAUACAGAUGAUUCCGAUGAUAAUGGAAAAAAUGGAUGCAUUUCAAUCCGACAGGUUUUCUAAAAAAUUAGUAGAAUUUGAGGCGAUGGCUUCAAACAAACACUUCUAGAUGUUAAGAGAGGGUUCAAGUUUCUACUUAAUGCCCAUUACUAGCCAAAUUAUAGUUUAAGCCAAAGAAAAGAAGCAGAAGAAAGAUGAGAGAAGGCACCACAAAUUCCUGCUACUUGGACUUUCUUAGGCAAAUACAAGGAGGGUUAAAGCCUUAAAGAAGACUUGGAAGACCGUUCUUCUUCAGCCAAUUUUUUGACUUUUGAGUUCCAAGGCUGUAAACAAUUGAUCCACAGGAGUCCAAGUGCCCAAGAGGGAGAUUGAAUGCCCAAAAGGUAUGAGAUCAAGGUGGUACCGACACACACGAGAGAACAUAUAAUCUGCUUAAUCUGGAACAUCUCCAGCUGAUACCAUAGGCCUACCAUGUAACUUUGGAAGUGCAGGCUUCUCUAGUAUGGUUGUCUGGUCUGUAAUAUUUUUUCUUUCUAUGAUGUUCAUAAUACUGAUUUUUGAAUUUGGUGGUACUAAGAAAUUAGGAACUGUUUCGUGCUGCAUAGAAGUUAUAAACUUUUUGGUUAUUCUAUUUACUUGUUUAACUAUUAUUUCAAUUGCUAUGUGACAAAAAAUUCCCUAUUAUUUUGCUGUAAUUUUCUUGUUUCCCUGUCCAUAUACUUUUAGGCUCGCAAUGUGCACAUUCUGGGUUAUUUAGUUCAAAUCUCAAAAUUUGCGUUGACAUGCUAGACAUUUCUACUUCUUUAUAGACCCUACUCUUUGAAGGCCUUGUAUCAAGUUGAUACUAUCAACAAUAUGAAGUUCAUGAUAUUAAGGUAGUUUACACCUUUUGGAUUAAUGUCUCAUAGUUAGUUGUCUAUUAGUGUUCGAAAUUCUAAUAUCCAUGAAUUUCUGGAAAUUUCCAUAGAUGAUUUGAGUUAAUUGGUACUAAAAUAGCAUGCUUAAAACUAUGAAUUUAGCUAAAAGAAUAACUUGACAUGGAGUUUGAUUGGAAUUUAUGCAAGUUUCGAAUUUAUUUUUAGCAGAUUUGAUGCUUCCUAUUCUUGAUUUUUUUUUUAUUAUUUUUAAAGUUGAAGAAUUUGGGGUUGUUAGGAUUGAAAGUUGCAAGAAUUUUUAACUGAGCAGAUCUUUUUGUUCAAAACAGAUCCAUAUAAACUCUACAAUUCUAGGUUGCUGAAUUCAGAUAUAUGGUAUGGAGAAAUUUGAUGGUUAAAUUCAUCAAAGCUCCUUCAGUGAUAUGCUCAGAGUCUGAAUACAAAGAUAUUUGAUACACUCCGAUCGAAUAGGAUGGGGAAAAGAAUAUUUAGUCAUCUUAUUGGGAAUCAAGCUUUCUAAGACAAUUACAUGCGAUAUUUGAGGCAGCGUAGAUUCUUGAAAAGGACCUGAUUGUUUCAAGAGUAAGUUUGAUCUUUGUGGUUCUUGGCUUUGAAAGCUUUCAUUAAAGUUGAAUCGUAAGAGCUAUGAUUUGACAAAUCCUCGAUUACGUGGGGUUUUCAUAAGUGAAUGUAUUAUUGUCGAAGAGUUUUUGUUCAGUUGUUUACUCUCAUGAUCGGUUUGAUCACGAAAAUGACCAAGCUAGUGAACCUCAGUUCGGACGGGAUGAGCUGGAACGGAACUUGCUCGCGUACCCAUGGUAAGGGGGACAUCAGGCUCAGCCAAAGACGUCCAGGUCGGUUCAACCAAAGAAUGAGAAUAGGACUCAAAGGAAACUUGGUCGGCUCGACCAUAUUGGACGUCAGCUUGGUAGUAAACCCCAAUACCGAGUUGAUGCCCUUGUCCACCUAAAGCCAUGUGUAGUUUUCUCCUCCAAUAAGGAUAUGCCACGUAUGAGGUCCUCCGACAUAAUCUCUUAUGAUGCGUUAUAAUUUAUAAUUUGUUAGAAUGUUUAAAACUUGAAACAGGGUCAAGGUUGGUCAGCCUUCAGCAAAGCGAAGUUCAGGGCAUGGUUAAUGAGUUAACAUGCUAAGAUGUGGAAUAUUAUGCAACGUUAAUUAUAAUUAUGCAAGUUAUGCUGACUACGAAACUGAGCAUAAGGUUUAGUAGCAUGAAAAAUGAAAAUUUAAUAGAAGAUGCAAAAGAUUUUUUUUUAAAUUUUGAUUCUGUACAACCAAUCUAUGUUUGACAUGUCAUCACAUAUGAUCCAAAAUGAUAUGAUAUCUAAUCACCAAGUGGGUUCUAUUGACGUGGCUUUGAUACACAUUUUAGUUCACAUGAGCCUUGGAAUUCUCAGUCACACAUUUUUGGUAACUUCUGGAGGAAUUACGGACCACCGGGGGUAGGGAAACUGAUCUCAUUUGGACUCUUGUUUUGGAGGACUUAUUUUUCUCCCUUCCAUAAUGAUGACUUUGCUUCAUAAUCGUAGUAAAAAAGACAAACUUCGUAGAAUUCCAUGAGAAUAUGGGGACAAUCUGGCGCAAAUUAUCAAGUAUCGAUGAAGUUCUAUUAUCAUGCACUAUACUCCAACCUUAGAAAAGCAUACUUCAGAUUUCAAUCCAUAAAUCACCAUUACGAUAGAUUGUAUGAUUUUCAAAUCUUCAUAAAGCUGGUUAUUCAUAGGGAACAAAAGAAAAGAAAAGAAAAGAACUCAACUUGGUAUACUCAAAGAAAAAUGAGAAAUCCAAAACCAGUAAAGAUGACAGAGAUCAAUACCUUUACGUCCAAGAUACAAUUACUUCUCUUGUAGAUUUUGAAUGCGUAGGUCCACUGGCACUUGCAAUCAGUGCUGAAACACGAGGCAAGUUACUUAAAAUAAGUUGGUUUUAAACAGCACUCAGUGCUGAUGUGGCAGGAAUAAUCAACCGGGGCAUGCCACGAGAAGGGACAUGGCAACUUCAGGGCAGAAAGAUGAGUAUUCUUAUUCAUUGGAAGGACUUGGAAAUGGGCCUGCAAUGUUUGUCUAGAAUAGUGAUGAACGAAAGAGUAGCCAAAGAAUUAGUUUUGGCUACACUAUUGAAGGAUGCCACCUUGUUGCCUUGAGCUGAGCCUAUAAGUUUUUGUCUGCUUGGAGGACUCUUCAUUUGGUCCGGACCCCACUCACGUGGAUUGGAGUCUCUGAUGGUGCAGCACCUGAUAGAGAAGUGUCUGAUCUUCCACAUGACAAAAGAAGAAUGCAUGGACGCUCUAUCCAAACAUGCAAAUAUUAAACCUAUCAUCACGUCAACAGUGUGGAGCGAAUUAGAGAAGGAAAACAAGGAAUUCUUCGAGGCAUAUGCACAAUCUCAAAGCAACAAAGAUAGAAUGAGUGAAGAAGAGACAAGCCAAAUGAUCCAAAAGAUGAUCUCGGAUUCCUCCAAAGGGGACCCUAAAAACUAAGCCUGCCAUGACAACGAUCUUACCUCUGAGUUCUGGUUGGUACUUCAAAUUCUAUCAUGACAAUCAGACAAACUCGCACAGAGAAUCCAUUGAGGUCCCCAUGAAUAAUUUAAAUCAUUACGGAAAUGAGCACGGAGUAUAAUUUCAUGGUCCCCAAUUAUAGUAAUCUUCCUCAGUUGCUAUAACAAGGUGUGUUUUGUCCUCAACCAAUCAUAUUGUGCCAUGUCAAUAUACAUUUACUUGAAUGUAUUAGUUGGACAAUAGCCAUUGGAUGUUGGAUGUUGCUUUAUCUCGAAGUUUAUGUCCUUCAUUCUACAUUGGGAGAGGUUUUCCCUUUUGUCUGUGGUUUUUUUGCAGUCAACGUUUUGCAUUGAUCAAUAAAUGAAGCAAAUAUUCAUGUGGGGGCACGACUACUUGGCCUUUUCUUGUUCAAAGCAUGAACCUUUUUUAUGGGUAAGUGAAUGUGAUGUAUGUGGCUUUCUUCUAGUCACGGUCCAUAAUCAAGAUACCCUGUCCCUCUCGUUGGUUUGGGUAUAUGUGAAACUGCCUUGAGAAUAUAUCAAUGCAUUUGGGUUUAUGUGGACCUUUCUCAACCAAUGCUUUGAUGCUAUGCCUUCCCUCGAGGAUUUAGUAUAGAACUUUCAAAAUUAAUUUUUUGGUUUCUGAACUUUUAGAAUGUCUAUUUUGAUCUUGGCAAAUGAAUUCAGAAAAAAAAAUGGAGUUAGAUAAGUAAGCAAGGAGGAGAGACUAGAAAAGAUGAGGCAAUGGACUCUCCAUUUCUAGGAAGAUUGUGUUGGUAAUCUAACCCUUG